CCUCGUGCGGUCCGAUCUUCGCAUCCAUCACGUCAGUGAGGCUCCGGCGAAGUAUCCCUCUCUACCUUGCAGCAGCCCUGUGCGCGAUGAUACGUACGCAGAGACGCCUCCAAUAUCCGGAAAGGCCGCCAAUUCUGGCCCCAACGGAAUUACCGAGCGCGAUGGCAAAAUCAUUGCAGCUGCCCGUUCCAGGACCAAACACCGGAGCACGUGCAGCCUUGCUUCUACAGCAGGAGCAAGGCGUGCUCCACGGAUCGCUCGUGUUCCUGGUGUUCGCGUGCGCUUCUCCACGGUAUUAAUACCGGAUGCUGUGUCUGCUGGGAUUGAGCACACGACCAUAUUGCUCCUGAAGAUGAUACGCUCGCUGUCUCUCGGUCUGUUCGCCGUUCUGCACUUGUGUAGCGUUGGGGCGUCUCCCACGAGCUACGCAACUCCACCGGUCAACGAAACGAACUGCAACGGCAAGACGUUCAUCUACGAAGAGCUUGCGGGCUGGGGUACAUUGCCCGGCGAUGCUCGUGAUCGAUUUGGAGACACAAUCGGAGGCAUUGGGAGCGCUAUCGCAUUAGACAAGAAGUCGUGGAAGAAGAAGUCUGGGAAGAAAGAAGGAUACGAAGGCAUUCUUUGGGGUCUCCCCGAUAGAGGUUGGAACACCCAAGGAACUCAAAAUACCCAGUCACGACUACACAAGUUCAGCGUCUCGUUCGAUAUCGUAGCCACCGCCACCAAAGAAAAGCCUGCCUCUCCGAACUUCCAUCUCAAGUACUUGGACACUGUUCUGCUCACUGGCCCGGAUGGUGUGCCAACCACUGGUUUAGACGCAGACCCGACUGGCCAUGCGUCGUACCCUGGCUUCCCAGACCUCCCAGUCGCAACUUUUACUGGUGAUGGCUUUGGCGGGGCCGGUCCAGGCGGCAAACGCAUAGCCAUAGAUUCGGAGGGUCUUGUCCUCGGUGACGACGGCUCCUUCUGGAUCAGCGACGAGUAUGGACCGUAUAUUUACCAGUUCGACAAGCGCGGCAAGAUGAUCAAUGCCAUCCGCCCCAAUGAUGCUUUGAUCCCGUUCCGCAAUGGCACCGAAAGCUUCAAUGCCGCUUCACCGCCAAUCUACAACCAAGACUUCGUCAUCACGCCUAAGGAUCCAGAUAGUGGUCGAGGCAACAACCAAGGACUGGAGGGCCUGACUGCUUCCCCUGAUGGCAAAUACUUGUACUCGUUGCUGCAGAGCGCCGCGAUCCAAGAGGGAGGUUCGAAGUCCAAGAACCGCCGCUAUGCCCGCCUGCUAAAGUACCGUCUGAAGGGAAAGAAGGUAGAGUACGAUGCCGAGUAUGUAGUUCCGCUGCCCAUUCUUCCUACGGACAAGGUUGCUGGGCAGUCGGAGAUUCAUUUCAUCUCGGACAACCAGUUCCUUAUGCUCGCCCGCGACUCUGGCUCUGGCCACGGACAGGACAGCUCUGAGUCGAUCUAUCGCAACGCGGAUGUCUUUGACAUCUCCAAAGCCACCAACAUCAAGAACUCAAAGAACGACGCCACCGGAGGUGCUAUUGCGAGCUCCAAGGGCGUACUCAAUGCUGACGUUGUGCCGGCGCAAUACUGCCCCUGGUUAUCCUUCAACAACAACGACCAGCUGAACCGCUUCGGAGUGCACAACGGAGGCGAGCAGGAUGCGACUCUGUUGAACGAAAAGUGGGAGAGCUUGGCUCUGCUUCCAGUCGAUGGAAAGUUCAGAACGAAGGGAGACGGCGACGAAUACUAUCUCAUCUCGUUCUCGGACAACGACUUCAUCACCCAAGACGGAUACAUCAACUCUGGAAAGAACAAAUAUGCUGAUGCCUCUGGCUUCAACAUCGAUACUCAGGUCCUCGUCUUCAAAGUGAGGCUACCGAAGGGGGCUAAACCUCUAUGAUCGCUGUUCAAUAUAUCAAAUUAGAGUAAAUCACUUGAAAUACAAUCUCGCGUUAUCAAAGCUUGUGA